AUGUCAAAUUUUACAGACAGGACGGACAAUUACCCGAACCUGAGUCGUCCGUUCAGAUCAAUGAGGCCGGAAUAUGAUGUCGUGGUAAUAGGAUCUGGCUAUGGUGCUGGAGUAGCGGCAAGUCGAAUGGCCCGAGCAGGGAAGAGCGUCGCAGUGCUAGAGCUUGGCUGGGAAAGAAGAUCCGGUUCAUUUCCACAAACGUUCUCUCAAUGUCUGAAGAACACGAGCAUCUCGGGGAGUUCUGUAAAGGGCUCCUUCAUUUCAAAGUGGCUGUCGCCUGGAGACCCCACGCGGCUUUUUCAAGUAUUCUUAGGCGAUGGACAGCAUUCGUUUGCUGCUCAUGGACUUGGAGGAUCUUCAUUGAUCAAUGCCGGGGUUUUCCUGAAAGCGGAUAAAAGAACAUUGCAGAUGAGUCCAUGGCCGUCAGAGAUCAGGGACCAGCCAUCUGCGCUCGACGAAUACUACGCACGCGCCGAAACCAUGCUACAACCUUCCACAUAUCCGGAUGAUUCAAGCCCAAACAAACUCAAGCAUCUCCAAGAAGAGUCGAGAUGGCUAGGAAAGAGGAAUAAUUUCUAUCGAGUACCGUUGACUAUAUUUUUCCACAAUGGCUGCAACAAUGCAGGUGUCCCUAUGCAGGCAAAUAGACAAUCAGGCCAUGAGUGCACUGGUCUCAACGAUGGAUCAAAGAACUCGGUGGCGACAACGUAUCUUGCAGAUGCCUGGAAUUGGGGAGCUGAGAUAUUCUGCGGAUGCGAAGUUCGAUUUGUAGAAAAUAUGGACGGAGGAGGCUACACUAUACGCUUUGCCUGGCAUGGAAGUGGGAGGUCGGUGUUUGCGGAUCAUUUCAAGGAACAACUCUUUUGGGUCAAAGCAAAGGAGUUCUGUUUUCUUGGGGCUGGCGCUCUAGGAACUACUGAAGUCUUGCUUCGGUCAAAGCAGCACGGCCUCCAUAUGUCACCGCUUGUUGGAAGUAAUCUCUCUGGAAAUGGGGACUUUUUGAUAUUUGGUUACAACGGAUAUGCUAAUAUCAACGGGAUCGCCGGUGAAUCCUCGCGUGCUCCCCCUGGAACAACAGUCACUGCUGUUAUUGAUAACCGAGUCGUUGAUCCUCUGGACAAUCCUCUUUCUGGAUAUGUUAUCCAAGAUGGUUGCAUUCCUGCGAUGUUCAACCCGGUAAUCCAAAUCAUGCUCACCCUGCAAACUAUGAAGAGCCAGGCGCUGUGUUGUCUUUGGAACCCUCGCCAAGAAGCUAAGAAGACCCUUGCCUCUCUCAAGUCUCUGCUAUUCGGCCCGUAUGCAUACAAUGGAGCUCUUCAGCGGACUUCAACUUAUCUGGUGAUGUCUCAUGACAGCAACGAGAUAACUUUGACCUUGAAGGAUGAUAGAUUGUGCCUCCGGGGACCGGCAGAAGGACGAUCUGAGCAUUUCAAAUGGAUAAAGAACAUUUUCAAUGAGACUUUUGCUCGCACAGGCUCAAGGAUGGGGUUUUCCUAUUUUUACGGUCGUCACCAGGAGGAAACCACAGUCCAUCUCCUUGGAGGAGCCAACAUGAGCAACGAUGGAACAGGGCACGGGGGUGUGACAAAUCAUCUAGGAGAGGUUUUCAGUGGCUCUAAUGGUGAAGUAUACAAAGGCCUCGUGUGCUGUGAUGCAUCUAUCAUCCCGACAGCCCUGGGUGUGAACCCACUCGCCACAAUAUCAGCCCUCUCCGAGCGAUCCGUCAGCUUGAUUACCGAGAGAUCUGAAUUAUCAAUUGAUCUCGAGACUGAAAAUCAGACUUUAAACGCCUACUGCAAGCCUAGUGUAUCAUGCGAUUCCCAAGACUGUCAAGACACCAAGAAAGCAUCGCAGUCGAUAGGAUGGCAGUUCACAGAGACUAUGCAUGGGCACAUUAGCAUGCGGUCGGAUAUCGGAAGUUUUGCGCUUUCUGAGAGGGUAGGAAAAGGCUCAUCUUGCGCGAUGCGGAUGUUUCUUACGAUCGAAAUCUGCCGAGGUAAGAAAUCGAGAGAGCCAUCUAGCAGUAGAAUGCUCACAUGUACAGAUCUACAAUACCAAGGAAUAUGCACUGGGACGAUUUCUUGUUACGCAUUAUCUAGAGCCACGCUCAAGAUUGUCGAAGGAACGGUAGACUUUUUCACGCCAAUAGAAGAGAAUGCCGAAUCAUCAGCCAUUUCAUAUCACCUGAAGCUGCUGUCGGUAGAGGGCAUAGAGUACCGCCUGAAAGGUCACAAGCUGAUCAACUCGAACAUGGCAUUUUCCGCCAGAAAGACCUGGGAAGCGACAACUACGGUGAACGUCAAUAUCACUCGACUGGACGGGACAAAUAUUGGAGCAGGGGCCCUUCAUAUCUCAUUGCUAGACUUCCAAAAACAGAUGAGGACAUUUCGGACGACAAAAGACUUCCAGAUCAGUCUUGUCUUGGCCUUGGUGUGGUUUUUAGUUUCUUUUAUUUACCACAUCAGUUUGUUCUUCUUUCGCCCUUUCGUCCGCAUGCGCUUCCCUCAGAUCUCAACCAAGGGCACUGAUGUAAAACAACUAGCUUCUACCUCGUGCAGUGUCACCGCAAGCGAUGGCGUACAGAUAUAUCUUGAUAUAUAUGACCCACUCCCUGCACAAAAGAUAGGCGAGCCAAGACCUAACUGCAACCUUGCACCAGUCCUACUUUUACCCGGAGUCACUGGGAUCGGCGCGAUGCACAAUUUGUAUUCACUGCCAUUUUUGCGCUGCAACAUGGUUGAGUAUCUCACGCAGCGUGGACACCGAUGCUACGCACUCACCCCUCGCUGGGGCUGUGAUCCCGCAGUUGCGCAGAAAAGCACAGUCUUCGACUGCCGUCUUGACGUUGCAGCUGCAAUAGCAUAUAUUCGCGACAAAGAGCGACAGAAGCCCUAUGUGGUAGCCCAUUGCCAAGGCUCGGUAGCUCUCUGCAUGGGCCUACUGGAUGGAACCAUCCAAAGUAGCCAACUUCUCGGCAUUACUGCCAACUCAGUCUUCAUGAACCAGGUCUUCGGGUACUGGAACUCCCUCAAGGGGAGAACGACUCUGCUGAUCCAGUUCUACGAAUUACUGGCUGGGAAUUACUUCCCGAUUGUCAGCAGUGCUAAGAGUGUUCUUUUCCAACGAUUACUCGAUACGCUCCUUCGUCUCUAUCCUGUUGGACACACGCGGGACAUCUGCACGUCUACAGCGUGUCACCGGACAUCUUUCGCUUUUGGCUUACUAUGGAAUCACGAGAACCUUGAUAUGAGUCUGCAUGACAAUGUUCACCUUUUUUUCGCGGGGACACAUACGAAGCUUAUGAAGCACGUGGUUCGCAUGGGAACUCGGGGGAUCUGCAUGGAUACUGAUUCAUGUCCUCUUCUGACAGAUGAGAAUUUGCAGCGACUGCAAGGGUUGCCGAUUCUCUUUGUCUCGGGUACGGAGAACCAAGUUUUCAGUCCCGAGUCUACGCUCAAGGACUAUGAGCUGCUGCGACGUCGAUUCGGCGAGAGACUUUAUCGCAGGUUUCUAGUCGAGGGGUACGGGCAUCUUGAUCCUAUUGUAGGAAAGGAUGCGGCCGAGGAUGUAUAUUGGAGGAUCUUUGCGCAUUUGAGAUGGUGCACCAAAGAGGCGGAAAGUACGAAUUUGAGAGCCAAGUAA